UCCGCUUUUGGCGCAAGCUUCACUCCUUGCAGCUGCACCGCCGGAUGUCCAUCUGCCGCCAUGUUCAAGAAAUUCUCUCCUUCCACCGAUAUCUCAGGGCAAACCAGUGUCAAGUCAUCUGUCCAACGAUCAAUCCGUGCCGCUGUCCUGUCCCAAUGGAAAAUAGAUCCAGACACUUUUGAACAGAUCUGGCCAAAGAAGGAACCCAUAACACUCGUGAAAUGUAGAGAUCACAUCUCCAUCUACACACUACACGGCGAACCCCUCUUUUUCCAGCACUUUGAUGAGCCGUUCUUCCCAACACUACACUUGUUACAUAAAUACCCUUUCAUCCUCCCCAUGGUGAGGAUAGACCGCGGAGCCAUCCGAUUUUUGCUUGCAGGCGCACACAUGAUGUGCCCUGGAAUGACCUCCGCCGGGGGUUACCUGCCUCCUGCUGAUGCUGCUUUGCCUGCGGGCGCACCAGUUGCAAUUCAUGCGGAGGGCAAGGAACAUGCAGUGGGAAUUGGAAUUACCAAGCUCGCUACGGAGGACAUGAAGAAGAUCAACAAGGGUGUUGGUGUUGAGACUGUUACGUAUCUCGGAGACGACCUCUGGGCACUACAGAAGCUGUAAGACAUUACUGAAGACGUUGUAUGACUAGGUCUUGAUUAGAUACAUUCGUUGAGAAGCCUCUAGAAUCACGAAUGAUUCAUUGGCGUUCUGCCAGAACAAUAUCUUAUACCCUCGA